UUAGAGGAGUGGCUAGUUUUCUUAGGGCUGGGUCCUGUUAAACAUUUCAUUUCUCUGUCUAAAAAUACAGACCAGACACGCUAACAAAGAGGCUGAAAAGCUACAAAGGCUAGAAACAUGAGCACUGCAGGGAAAGUCAUCAAAUGCAAAGCAGCUGUAGUCUGGGAACCCAAGAAACCAUUUAGCAUUGUGGAAAUUGAAGUGGCUCCACCAAAAGCACAUGAAGUCCGUAUAAAGAUCUUAGCUUCUGGAAUCUGUCGCUCAGAUGACCAUGUAUUGAGUGGUGCACUAAUAGUGAACUUCCCAAUUAUUCUUGGUCAUGAAGCAAUGGGUGUCGUGGAGAGUGUUGGGGAAGGAGUUACUAGUGUGAAGCCAGGAGACAAAGUUAUUCCACUCUUUCUACCACAGUGUGAAAAAUGCAGUUUUUGCAUACAUCCCAAAGGCAACUUGUGCGAAAAGGCUGACUUUGGAAUACCAACUGGAUUGAUGUAUGAUGGCACUAGUCGAUUCACUUACAAAGGACAACCAAUCUACAAGUUUGUUAGCACUGGCACCUUCACCGAAUACACCGUGGUGCAUGAGGAUGCGGUGGCCAAAAUUGAUGCUGCAGCUCCUCCUGAGAAAGUGUGUCUGAUUGGCUGUGGAUUUUCGACUGGUUAUGGUGCGGCCGUUAAUUCUGCCAAGGUGGAACCUGGUUCUACGUGUGCUGUUUUUGGACUGGGAGGAGUUGGACUUUCAACAGUGAUGGGCUGUAAGGCAGCUGGAGCCUCCCGAAUUAUUGGGGUUGACAUCAACAAGGAUAAAUUCCCUAAAGCUAAACAGCUGGGAGCCACUGAAUGUGUCAACCCUCUGGAUUUCAAGAAGCCCAUAAAUGAAGUGCUGUUUGACAUGACAGAUGGAAAAGGCGUUGACUAUUCGUUUGAAGUCAUUGGACGUACCGAUACUAUGAUGGCUGCUAUGACUUCCUGCAACAUAAACUAUGGCACAAGCGUGAUUGUGGGAGUGCCUCCUUCAGCAUCUGAGAUUACCUUUUCCCCCGGACUUAUCUUUUCUGGCCGUAAUUGGAAAGGAUCUUUAUUUGGAGGCUGGAAAAGCAAAGAUUCCGUUCCGAGACUGGUUUCAGAUUUCAUGCAGAAAAAGUUUGUUCUGGAUCCACUCAUUACUCACACCAUGCCCUUUGAUAAAAUCAAUGAAGGGUUUGAACUACUCCGGUCAGGGAAAAGUAUUCGCACCGUUCUGGUAUUUUAAAGAUCCCAGUGAUGAAGAAAGUACACGGCAAUGGCACUUGCAGACUGAAUUCCUCCAGAUCAAAAGACUACACACUCGAUAAUGGGACACCAGUGGAAAGGAUGAAUUCCUGCUGUGUUGCCAGUAGUAAUUACAUUUUAUCAACUUGAAGGUGCUUCACCCCACUGAUCUCAAUGAAAUGUCUAUUUCUCAGUGGAUAAUCAUUGCAAUCACUGUUGAUCAGUAUCUUGAAAUCAUGUGUUUUUUCAUUGAUGUUAAAAAUAAUUUUACAAAAUUUUGAUGGUACAUAAUAUUUUUAGAAAAUUCAUUGUUUUUAAAAAGUUGUAAUUUUGGAAUAUAGCUUUGUAUAUUUGAGAAUGAAUGUUUUUUCCCAAGGACUUUACAUCACACUUAUCUUAACCUCUCUGCAAUUUGGAAUUUUGAAACAAAAGUCUAAACAGAAACAAAUAACUGAUAUGAAAUGUAAUAAAUGGUCACCUUGGUGCUCACUGGAAAGUAGAGUUUGGAACUGCUGGCCAAGAUUCUGCAAUGGAAGACAGUGGCACUAUGAUGUGUCUCAAUCUCACCCCUUCCAGGACUCAACUUUUACAGUCCUCAUUUCCCACUCAUUUGGUAGCCAGUGACAAGCCAGGAACAUCAGAGAAGUAUCUGAUUAUGAUUUCUGGCUAGAGUCAGACUAUUGGCAUCAUCUACUUGGACCUCUGAAGGCCUUUCAUUCUGAUACAGAUUUAGCAUAGGCCCUUAUUUGUAAAUGUCAAUUUAACACAAACCUACUUAUGUUAUUUCCCUCUCCUAAUGUAAAUGGAAUUGAAUUUGAUUUUUUUUAUUUUAUUAUCCAAAUGCAUUGACACUAUUAUUUAGGUAGAGUUGCUGUCUCUGUAUUAGAAACCCUAUCUAUUAUGACACCAUAACUGCUGGUUGCCUGUCAGUCUAUGAGUGUAGCCAGUAUGUGUAGCCAAGGUGAAAGACACUACAAAUAGCAGGAAGAAUUGAAUUGGGCAACACACUUGAUAUGAAUGUCAAGAAAUGUUCCUGAACAGUCUUAGGGGUCCUUUCACAUUAUAUCAUUUUUAGAGUUUGACUCCACAACAGGAAGGCCCUUGUUUUUGUGUGUGUGUGUCAGGAGCGACUUGAGAAACUACAAGUCACUUCUGUUGUGACAGAAUUGGCCGUCAGCAAGGAUGUUGCACAGCGGGCGGUUGGAUGUUUGAUGUUUUACCAUCCUGUGGGAGGCUUCUCUCAUGUCCCCGCAUGGGAAGCUGGAGCUGACAAAGGGGAGCUCACCCUUCUCCCUGGAUUCAAACCACCAACCUUUCGGUCAGCAGUCCUGCUGGUACAAGGGUUUAAGUUGUCAAGACUGUUGAAUAGACUGUUACUAUGACUUAAUUGGUUAGUGAAAACAGAAUGAAAUAUUGGGAAAGCGGGUUAGCUACACAUGCAAGAAAAAAAUUGUGACUGCACAUUUUGCCUUAUAAUUCAGCUUCUGAAAAGAAAAAUUGUAGAAAUGAACACUCAUAAGGAAAGUCUUGAAGAUUUUGCAAAGAGGUCUAUGACUAUAAGACUGAAAUUAAAAUCAGAUUUACACCCCA